AUGCAGACCAACCCUGUACUAGUGGAGUCUGUGGUGGUCUUCUCUGUGGUGAUGUGUGUCCACAUGGCCGUGUGGAACCAGCACUCCUGGUGCUGCGUGGCCCUGGUCAUCCAGGCCUUCUACAUGCAGCACAAGUGGGACCGCCUGCUCCGUAAUGGCAACGCCGUCUUCCAGUGGCGCCCGUCAGCUAACAGUGGUAUUGUCCCGGCUGUCAUGGUGAUGCCGCUGCUGGGCUUGGCACUGCGGGAGAAUUGCGCCGCCUCGGAACGUCUACUUUGA